CACACACAAGAAGUCGAAAGGGAAUAAGAAGAGCGAUUGUUAUUUAAUCACUUUCUUCACCCAUGGAGAAGAUACAUGCUCGGGCUGUUGACGCUCUUGAGCGUUUCAUUCACCUGGCAAAUGCUUCAUCGAAUACCCCACGCGACAUAACCGACAUCAUCACAAAUGCCACCUCGUCCCCAAACACAUUCAUAUUCGCAGAACUCCUCGAAGUUCCAGCUAUUCAGUCAUUGCGCUCUCCGGAUACCCCGGCUGAAUACCGUAAUCAUCUCACGCUUCUAGAGAUCUUCGCCUGGGGAACAUGGGAAGAAUAUCAAUCUACUCCAAACCUCCCUCAACUCAAUGACAAACAAUCCGAGAAGCUCCGCCUCCUUUCCCUCCUCACUCUCUCCACAUCCCACAACCCCCUCACUUACGCCAUUGCCAUGAAAGCCCUCUCGCUCCCCAACCACGCAGCUCUCGAAUCCCUGGUCACGAAAGCCAUCUACUCCUCCCUGAUAACCGCGCGCAUCUCUCCAGCCACGAACCCCGCAUUCAUCCACGUAACAUCGACCGCACCCCUCCGCGACGUACGGCCCCAAUCCAUCGCCCCCAUGAUAUCGAUCUUGACAGAAUGGCAAGCUCGAUGCAGUGAUGUAGUGGGCGGCAUAGAAACGGAGAUCGCGAAGAUAAAAUCCGACGCUGAGAAGCGGAGAGCGAGGGAGAAGGAUCGGGCCUCUCGCGUUGAGCGCAGUGUUGCUGGUUGGGAUGGCGAUGGUGAUGAGGACGACGGGGCGGGGGCGGGGGCGGGAGCGGGAGCAGGCUCAAGUUCUGGAUCCGGCGCGGGGUCUAAACAUUCGUUGUCGUUCUCCGGCGGUGGUCGCGGGCCCAGUCUUCGCUCGCAUUUUUCUGCAAUGGCGGGUGGUGGUGGUAGUGGGAGUAAACGCGAGCUCAAUGAUUGUGGUGACGACAGUAGGUAUCGAGGCUUUGGGCGCAUGGAUGUGGAUGGGCCGGGCAUGGGUGCUGGUGCUGAUGGAGGUCUUGGUGGCGUGGGCCAAACGACACGUCAUGCGAAACGCCUUUUGGCUUUGGGAAGCCGAUAAAUUGGCUGUUUUGCUUUUCUUCUUUCUUUUUUUGACCUUUAAUGAGACCUACGGUAUUAUGAAAGCUUCCUGCUUCCGGUACCCCUUAUCAAGGCGUGCAAUUUACGAUGUAGUGAAGAGGUUUAGAGAUUUACAACCAUACUCGAUAUCACGAAGGUGCUCUCGAUACCAUUAAUGACAGAGGAUUAUGAACUUUAUUUAUU